CCCCAGCGGCCAGAGCCAGAGGAUAGAAUAAUGUUUCCACUACAGCAGCCACACGCGCGAUCAGCAGGAAGAGUUCAGAUGAAGCAAGUUCGUAUUGGAAGUAAUUACAUGUAGUCACAAGUAGUGAGGUGCAUGUUACUGAACCAUGGCCUCUGCUUUUGUUAGGAGAGCUUUCCUGAGUCUCAUUUGCUUAUCUCUCUUGCUGUCUGCAAGUACGGCCAGCAACGCUGCCGCAGAAAGCUCGGUGUGUGCUCGUGGAAAUGUAUCGCGUGGAAAUCCGAAUGCCAACAUAGGCAACAAUUGUUCCAACGAGACCCAACAUAACGACACAGAUAGCGAGCACGCCGACCACGUAUCGGUGCACGUUGCGAAAUGGGACUUCAAAUCAGUCCGCGAUCCCUACAUUAUCGCACUGGUGAUGUUUGUGACUGCCAUCGUAAAGCUAAUCUUUCAUUCAUCGGAGGCGCUCUCAUCUCGCAUACCGGAGUCAUGUUUACUCAUCGCGUUUGGAUUCGUGAUUGGCGGUUUGAUAAGCUUGAGUCCUACAGCCAAGGAGCACUUCAAGUUCACGCCAGACAUCUUCUUUCACUUUCUGCUGCCACCUAUUGUACUGGAAGCUGGCUAUCUGAUGCACAAACGUUACUUCUUCGGCAAUCUUGGCUCAAUCUUGAUGUAUGCCGUUGUGGGUACUCUCUGGAACACGUUCAGUGUAGCUCUUGGUCUGUACAUGAUUUCUGAGCUGGGCGGUGUACACAUCAGUGCGCGCUUCUCGUUUGUGGAGUGUAUGCUGAUGGGAACGAUGGUUGCCGCUGUGGACCCGGUUGCAGUGCUGGCAAUUUUUGAUGAAGUCCAUGUCAACUUGCUGCUGUACAUACUCGUCUUUGGGGAGUCCCUACUCAAUGAUGCUGUGAGCGUGGUCCUGUAUCGCACAGCGGAGACGUUUGUGAAGUUUGAGAACAAUGAGCAGGCAAUCACGGCUGAUCAGAUUGUCCUCGCCAUUGUGUCAUUCUUCACCAUAAGCCUGGGAGGCACUCUGAUUGGGGUCAUUUGGGGUAUGGUCGCAAGCUUCAUCACCCGCUUCACCGAUCAUGUGCGAGUAAUCGAAACCCUACUGGUGUUUGUGUGCGGCUACUUGGCGUAUCUCUCGGCUGAAGUUUUUCACUUCUCUGGUAUCAUGAGUGCCAUAUCUUGCGGAGUGGUGAUGCGACACUACUUGAAUCCGAACGUCAGCGCAAAGUCCCGCACCACCAUCAAGUACUGCCUGAAAAUGAUCAGCUCAGCGUCGGAGACUGUCGUCUUCAUGUUUCUGGGCUUUGCGUCCGUCACUGCUGACUUUGAGUGGGACACAGGACUGGUGCUCGGAACGCUUGCAUUUGCUCUCAUCUUCAGGUUUGUCGGGGUGUUUGUGUUGACCUGGAUCCUGAACAAGCAUCGCAUGGAGCGGAUAAGCUUUGUCGAUCAGUUUGUCAUGGGCUACGGUGGCCUGCGUGGUGCCGUGUCAUUUUCCCUGGUGCUCUUGCUGGAUGAGGAGGUGGUUCCUGGCAAGAACGCCAUCUUCACUGCGCUCUUCACACUCAUCAUGUUCACAGUCUUCAUCCAGGGCACCACCGUUAAGCCACUUGUGCAUCGUCUACACGUCAAGACCUAUCAGCCGAAGAAGCCCAGCAUCAACGAGCAGCUGCACUCCAAGAUGAUGGAUCACAUUGUGGCUGGUGUGGAAGAGAUCAUCGGCCAGCAAGGAGAACAGGUCAUCAUCGAAUGGUUCUCUUACUACGACAAGCUCUACAUUCAGCCCAUCCUGUCUCGCUCCGACACUGAAAUCGUCGACACGGUUCUGCAGCGUCUGGAAAAGAAAUACCACUGCGAGACCACGCACAGACAUCUGAAUGAGAUACGUCAGCGCAGAAGAAUGUCCCAGGAUGUGCUUGCAAGUGAAACUGUGUGCGUGCACACGUCGCCGAAGAAGCGACCAGUUGCAGGGGGUAUGCCAACUCUGCCAUCAGCUCUCUCGUCCGCUAGUCUUAACAAAGAUGACGUCAAAGCAUCCGUUGGCGACAUGCUGGCACCAUCCAAGAUUCAUCCAAUGCACAACCUGAAGCGCAACAAUGUGGCUGAUCAGUUCGACAUGGUACGGCUGCGCCUAUUGCGCCUCCGGCACAUGCAGCAGGGCCAUGGCAACGGGCACGCGCACAGUGCCGGCGCGGGCGCAUGCUACCGCAGACAGCACUCCUCUUCUUACGAGCAGCAGCGAGGCGUGUCGAGAUCGGCCAGCGACCAGGACCUGACCGCGCACACCGUGGACGUGGAUCGCCGGCGCGAGGAAUGGACGCGACGCCGCUGCAUCAGCGAAUGCCAGAGCGACAUGUACGAAGACAUCCAGGAUGCGAAUGCCGCCUUGGAAGCCGCCCGGCUGGAUACAUCACCGCCCAAGGAUUGGGAAGAGGACAUGGACGCCGCUCCCAAGCAGCUAGUGAACUCGCCAAGCUCUGCACAAGACAGCAAGGGCAUUCUACGGACCCCGACGACGCCCGAGCAGAGGGAGAAGCAACUCGGUGCGAUGCACCAGAAAUAUCACAGCGAUGAUUCUGGCCCACGGGUCAGAUUCCUACAGGGCGAUGUGUCCUCACACCCGAACGAAAACCUUCUCGAGUCCAGUGUCUAAUUUUUGAAGCACGCUAUGUGCAACGGCUGACAUACCGGCAAUGAACGGAAUAUCUGGGUGCAUCUCAAUUCUGUGUUGGGAUAGGAACUUGCACGACUUGUGGAUCAAGAGAAUUGAGUUGUACAUUUAUAUAAUCAUACAAAGCAGAACUUUACGUACACUGAUGGGCACUUAUUUAUUGCUUGAUGACACGUCAUUUACAGACAUACUUUUUCAUGGCAUCAGGUUUUACCACCACUUCUACCCCCCCCCCCCCCCCCCCGGGCCCCCCCCCCCCCUUCCCUCUAGCUCAUGUUUUUCAAGUGACACUCUCGUUCAGUGAACAACUCUUCUUGAUGACGUAUUUGUACCAUGGUAAAAAAAUUGUCUUAGAUCGUUACAUGCCCCCCCCCCCCCCCCCCCCGGCCAAUAGUAUUGGAUUGGCAUGCAGCUACUUACAAGUACAUUUAGCUACACAGAAGUGAUUGCCGGUGAAUGUUGGUGAGAA